CGAUAUCUUACACACUCUACUUAUCAACGCGUUCAUGUCGGUACUGAUACAUUACCUUGUUUAGCAUACAACUUCUCUAUUUCGGCUGAAGACGGAGCAACAUGAAGCAGUCGUUCGCCCUGUUGGCCGUAGUGGCCCUACUUUCCCAGACAUUUGCCCUGCCCUUUGUGGGAACUGAGAACCAGCAACAACAUUUCAUUACCCAACUUGUCCAUGUACCCGAGAGAGGCAAUGUUGGUGUAGAUCUUUGUCCAACAUGUAUCCAGUUCACAGACCAGGCUAUCGACGUCCUUCUAAACAUUAUACUCAAUUCUGGAGUGGUAGGAACAUGUGGGACACUCUGCAGCGCUCUAGCUACCAAGACCGGAAGUCAGGCUCUGGGAGCAGUUUGUAAUGUCCUCUGUGACAUUGUUGGUGUCGAAGAAUUCAUGAAAUUGAUACAGGAAGCCGACCUUGAUCCCAUUUAUUUCUGUGAGACACUGAAAACCUGUCCAAUCAACGACAAUGGUGACGCCAAGAUCACCACGUUUACGGUGACCCCAUCUUCUGGCCCCCAGGGUACAUUCCGGAUUGAUUUUGGAUACACGUCUGUCAACGGAACUGGUACUGGCGAGAUCAUUCUGGAGGUUUCAACUGUUGAUGGCCUCCCUGUCGAGAGUGGAUUCAUCCAUGAACUUGCUCAACCAGGGGAUUACACAUCAAGUUUCUCUCUGAAGGCUGAACCAGACCCGAACUGUGACCCUACUCAACAGCCCUGUGAGCAGUGGAUCCCUGGAGACUAUGGCGUCAAGAUAGCUAUUUGUAAUGGCGAAUGCGGCAGUAAACAUCCCCACAGUUCUAUAUAUGACGAGGGAAUGACCAACUUCACCAUCACCAACUAGAUUGUCAAGUAAACAUCCCCACAGUUCUAUAUAUGACGAGGGAAUGACCAACUUCACCAUCACCAACUAGAUUGUCAAGUAAACAUCCCCACAGUUCUAUAUAUGACGAGGGAAUGACUAACUUCACCAUCACCAACUAGAUUGUCUGCUCAAGUGUUUUAAAUAAGCAAACAUCAUUUAUACAGAUAUCAACACAUCACUUAAAUCAUACAUAAUUGGUUCAUUUUUGCAUCAAUAUUGCAAAAUAAAACAUGAUAAAUCGUGAUAAAUAUUAA